UUACCAUUAAACCAUUACAACAUUGAAGUUGUUUAUAUAAAUACUGCGUUAAAUAUAGUGGAAAUAAACAAUAUGUUGAAGUGCGUUUCCAUAUUAUUUGCUAUUGCUUUAGCUUUAGCUAACGACGAGCCGCCGCCGGCCGCAUUAUUAAGAAAUUCAAGCCGAAGGAAUGGUGAAUAUAACCGGUAUUAUUUAUACAACAGUCAAGUGUCAGGAGUGGAACUAGCUCCCUCACAGAAUUCAAAUCUCUUAAAUUAUUAUGGCAAAACAGUGGUAGUAAUACAUGGAUAUAUGGAAUCACACCUCACAUCUCUUAACCCGGAUCUUAGAAGAGAACUCUUGAAUAAUGAAGAUGUCAACGUGAUAGCAGUGGACUGGUCUAUAUACGCUGCUAUGUCAUUACCAUUUGCCCAAAACGCUGUACUGAGUGUUGGCGAUUACUUAGCUAAUUUCUUAAUGAAACUCAACCUUAAUCCUGCAUCUCUUCACUUGGUUGGAGCUGAUUUGGGAGCUCAUAUAGCUGGCGUAGCUGGUAGAAAGAUGGGUGGAAGAGUGGCUAGAAUUACAGGUCUUAGUCCCACCACGAGUAAUGUCAGAUUAGCCAGUACUGAUGCAGUUUACGUAGAGGUGAUCCACACAGGCACAGAUUGUCCUAACGGAAUAGAAGAAAAAUUAGGACAUGCAGACUUCUACCCCAAUGGAGGAACGUGUCAACCAGGGUGUCUAGACUGCACGUGCCACCAGAACAGAUCCUGGAUGUACUUUGUUGCAUCAAUCAAAGACAAUAACUUUAAUGCCAACUGCUGUAAUUCCAAAUUUGAGAAGGAUAUCAAUGCCUGCAAGGGUACUUACCUCCCAAUGGGAAAUAAUAAACUUAUCAAGAUGGCAUGUCCAACUGGACUUUAUCGAGUAAACACAAAAGACACUUAUCCCUACUGAUAUGUUCAACAGUUGGGCUACAAUUAGUUACAAUGUCUUUUUAUCAAUAAAAAGAUAUUUAAACUACAA